GCGCUUUUCAUAGGUAGUCUCUGCCUGCUGUGGAGAAGGAGAAAAAAAAAACAGUCGAUGGCGUGGAGAGGACAGCUUUGUCGAAAUCUUAAGGAGCUCCGAAUCCUGCUCUGCCAAUCUUCAUCUUCUAGUUCAUCUGCUCGAGCAUUUGUGGAGAACAAUUACAAGGAUCUUAAGUCUCUUAACCCGAAACUCCCCAUCCUAAUCCGUGAGUGUAGCGGGAUCGAGCCUCAGUUAUGGGCUAGAUAUGAUAUGGGAGUUGAGAGGGGCAUUCGGUUGGAAGGUUUAUCUGAGGCACAAAUCUCCAAGGCCCUCGAAGACCUUGUCAAAGCGGGAGCCUCGCUUAAAGCUUGAAUUCAAAUACUGCUCAAAUUUAUGGAAUCAAAUGAAAUAAUUUAACACUGGAAUUCAUCGCUGGUAUAAAGUUAAUGUUUCGGGUGAAGCUUAAGUACCGUCAAGUGUUAGACAACAGUUCGCGUCGCUGUUAUACAUGAAACCAUUUUCUGUAAACAUCGGAAUUUAUGUUCUUAUGACAAAUGAAACUUUUUUUAAUGUCUUGAUACGAUAUUGAGGACCA